AGAAGGAAACGACAAAUACAAACAUUCAGACACAGAAUCGUCAGCGAAAAUGGUUAAAUUCGUAAUUGUCGCCUUAAGUUUAAUUGCUGUUGCUGCCGCCGGUUCAGCACAUGGCUACGAUAGCCGCCAUGAAGGUCACCAACAUAGCGGACACGGUGGGUCAGCAGGUCAUGACCAAGGGUUCGGACACGGCGUAGGUCAAGGAAACGGUCAUGUUGGUUCAUCGAACCAUGAGCAAGGACUGGACGGUGGGAGCCACGUAGGGGUGCACGGUGGAUCAAAAGGUCACGAGCAAGGACUUGAAAACGUCGGUGGUCAUUCAAGCGUGCAUGGAGGAUCAUUGAGUCAUGAACAAGCAUCGGAACACGGUGGUGGCCACGGAGGUGUCCAUGGUGGCCACGGAGGUGUCCAUGGUGGAUCAGGAGGUCACGACCAAGGAUUCGAACACGGGGUCGAUCAUGGAAGUGCUCAUAGUGGAUCAUGGAAUCAUGAGAAAGGACAGGGACACGGCAAUGUCCAUGGUGGUCAAUUUGGUCAACACGGUCACUAUUAAAUCGCAUUAAAUGUUAUAAAAAAUUAAA